UAGAUACUCAUGUGCAUAUUUACUUUUUAGUUGUUGUUGUGGAUACUCACCAAUAUUUAUUUGUUACGAACCAUACCUUCAAUAACCUUUCUCUCUCUACCCCCUUCCUUUCUCUCUCUGUCGGCGAUGCAGAGGCUAUCGCUAGACUCAUCAGCUUCGAAGCUCUAUAGCUAUGGAGGACGAAAGGACGAUACCUACGAUAUAGAUGACUUGAAACCAGCCUCCUCUUCUCCUUCUUCGUCGUCGUCCGCGGCAGAUUACGACGAUCACGAGCUCAAGGACUAUAAGCCGCGACGGUUUUCAUCGCUGCAAUCGCCUUUCGCGACGACGAAUAAGAAGCAAGAGAAGCUUGUUCACUUCAUUCCGAUUCUCACUCUCAUCUGCUUUAUCAUCCUCUACCUCACUUCUCACGUUCCGUCGCAAUCAGAUUUGGCUCAGUUUAACGGAUUCAUGCGUCCUUCAAAACAUCUAGAAUCCGAUGAAAAUGGCGAAAUAUCUGGAUUUAUCAGAGCCGAUACUCUAGCCAUUCGUAGUAGCGUAAGGAACCUGCAAGAGACGGAAAGCUUUGCCGCGAAAUCACUUCCCCGUCGCAGGACCUCUCACCGGAAAACCGCCGAUUUCUAGCUAUCUCGAUCUAAAUUUAUCUUCCUCGCAUUGCAUGUUGAUUUGUUCGUUCGAAUUAAAAUAUUGCGAAUCGCGUUUCUGUUAUAACUAACUAAAUGGAUAGAAAGAUAAAAUCGAAUGUAAGCCUCGCCGCCGAUGGAAUUAACCGUCAUGCUAGAGUGCGCUGUUAAAUUAGGCGUGGGUUUACAGUUGACUGAAGUAGAGUAGGCUAGAGUACGCCUAAGGAGUAGUUAUGCAAUCCAGCUGGAAUUUUGGACCGUUACAGAGCCUCGUGCUUUGGAUUGAGACUCCAGCUGGAAAGAAUCGUCGUCGUUCCUCUAGGCAAUUACGCAUCAUUACUAGGAGUCAGUGAACUCAAAAAAUUAUUACUACUAGUGCUCGGAGUUAGAGUGACCAAUCUCCUUUACUCAAUAAUCAUUUUUAAAUA